AUGGGCCUCUUGAGACUGCCAAUAGAGCUGAUUUUGAGGAUACUGGAGGACCUUGACUAUCGAUCUAUCCUUGCAUGCAAACGUAUAUGUCGCAGACUAAAUGUCUUGAUAGAUCAGUCGACGACGCUACGAUAUGUUGUCGCACUUGCGGCUGUUGGUCAACAAGAUGGCUCGUCCAGUCAUCUGGGCAUAGCAGAACGGCUACAGAUGCUAACUGGGUUCCGGGAUGCUUGGGAAGAACUAAAAUGGACAGAGCACACAUGUGUUCCAACUCAAGAUGGGGGAUCUUGGGAGCUAUACGGAGGCGUCUUCGCAGAGUGCUCCGAGGAUCGGGAAACGCUAUUCUUCAGGCAGUUGCCCUCUCGUCUGAGAGGAAUUGAAGCCCGCGAAUGGAGAGUUGAUGUCAGAUUCCAUGUCUGUGAUUUUACAAUGGAUCCGUCUCAGGAUCUACUUGUCGCAUUGCAGUACGUCGCAUCAGUCCACUCAUCCACCGGCAAAUCGAAAGUACAUCUACAAGCAAUGUCGUCGGGUAACGCCCAUCCUGCAGCAUAUAAUGCAUCCGUUUUGGAACACACCAUCACAGAUAUGGAGGGGGAGUGGGGGUAUGACAUUGUCAUAAAUGGUGAUCGUCUCGGUGUUAUGUUCAUGGACACAGCCAGAGACGCCGAUACCGAGUUUGUGGUUUGGAAUUGGAAAUCGGGCAAAAUCUUGAUGUGGUUGACGGGAGAUGACAUCAGGUCAUUCGUGUUCCUCGACGAACGCUUCGUCAUGGUCGCCCGCAUCAUUGACAGAGAUCCAUUGGCUGAUAGCCCUAUUAUAGCAGUCUACGACUUGGAUGCAAUGUCUCCCAAACAAACCAACAUUUGCGACAUACCGUAUCGAUGCGCUUUCACCCUCCCUGAAAUGGGCGUAGACACCCUUCUACACGAUCUUCUCAUUCGCUCAGAUCCCGCGCCUAAUUGGCAGCCGAGGCGAGACCUGGCCGUUCCCUUUCACGCCAUGCACGCGGAGCGACUCUUCGUCAUAACACUGUUCGCCUAUGUCAUAUCUCCCAGACGAAAUAAUCUGCGAGCACUGGAUCUGUUCGUCAGUUCGCGCUUUUUUCUGGAGCGCGCCCGCGACCUACGCGCAGACACAUUAUCAUGGAGUCAAUGGGGCCCUCAUUACAGCCGCGCAGUGGUCCGCGGCAAACCAACACAGACGGAUUGGGUUUGCUACAUUUUCGGGAUGAGGUUUAUCAACCCCAAGCCUGUUGGACGCCGCCCUGACAAAGAAAUUCAAAUUCUGGACUUUCAUCCAGCAAGAGUUGACCGAGCCAGGCACGGAGAGUUGUUAGACGGAUGGGAGCUGGUCACUGCUGAAACGGUUAUUUCUCGGAACUGGCUGCAAUCCGUACCUUUGAAAACUAACCUCCCUUGCCUCGUCAAAAAAAUCCCGCUGCCUCUUCCUUCUGCUAUUAACAGUUCAGUAUCUCUGAUGAUCAGUGAGGAUACAUUGAUUGCUCUCGAAGAAGUGUGUGGAUUGACUUAUGUCUUCGGUCUGUCGGGUUGCUGA